UGGUCUUGGUAGAGACAGACGUUAAGACUGUUUGUUGGAUGACCAAAUCAACCAGAGCUUGGGUUUAGACUGAUGGUAGUCGCCAGUCGCUGUACAACGCUACUUGUAUGCUGUACAAGUGGUUCUUAUGACAUAUCAUGGAUAAGAAUACUAGCAGACCCAAAAUUUUGGUUGGCUGCACUGGCAGUGUUGCUUCUGUGAAAGUUCCACAGCUGCUGGAUGCCUUGACGAAAUUGCCGUUUGAGCCAGAAGUACAGUUGGUCACAACGAAAAAUUCUCGACAUUUUUUUGACAUUCAGUCUCUAUCCUGCCCAGUCUACACAGAUGAGGAUGAGUGGGAGGGAUGGCGACAAAUGAAUGAUCCUGUGCUACACAUAGAGCUUCGAAGAUGGGCAGACCUCAUGGUGAUAGCCCCUCUCGAUGCCAACACCUUGGCCAAAAUUGCAAAUGGACUUUGUGACAACCUACUGACAUGCAUCGUGAGAGCAUGGGACUUUCGCCGGCCACUGUUGUUUGCUCCAGCCAUGAAUACAUGCAUGUGGGAUCAUCCUCUAACAGGUCAACAGGUGGAGGUUAUGAAGAGCCUUGGUUAUUAUGAAAUACCAUGCAUUCGGAAGAAGCUUGCUUGUGGAGACACAGGAAUGGGGGCAAUGGCAGAGGUGGCUACCGUGGUGACAGCUGUAAAAAAUACAAUUGAGAAAUCUCAGCAAACCUAUUUUCCCGAUGAACUCUUGGAUUAAGGUGUCUCUUCUGAAGAUAGACAAGGGUGGGAAAUGCAAAUAUCGGAAAAUUAUGUGCAGAUACUAUUUAGAUGUGAUGAUCUUCUCAGAACUUUUCCAAGGAAUCCAAGUUCGCAUCUGUGGGUGAAUAUAUUUUGAAAGUAUUUUUUUUUUCCAUACUGGCCCAAGAUAUUAAUAACUGAACAUGUUUAUAUAAACCCUGCAGUAUACUCACUGCUUGUCACUAUGCAGUGCUACUGCAUUGUUUAGCUAUCGAAUAGAUCUAAAAGGAUAGCCCUAACAGAUUCUUUCAUGGUUAUAAUCUUAUCCCUCUUGAGUUCAUGUGUACAAAAUAUGUGCUAAACAUAAACAGUGGUAUUGUUAGCCCAGUUGUUUUAUUGUUUGUAGGUUGUUCAUAACUCAGGGGAACAUGAUCAUCAUUGGCUUUUUGAUUUAUUGGUUUUUGAAUUUUUGAUAGUGAAAAGUUUUAAAUUUAUGAAAAAAAAGAACAAAAUAAAUGUGGCCUUUUAAGUCAGUAACCACUGUCAAAUGUUUAGUUAUUUUCUAGAAGCCAUAGAAACAAACCACUCCCUAAAAAGCCCAGCAGUUGUUCAGCUAACACAAGCUUGCUCAUGUUGUGCAUUACUGGAGAUGAGUAGGACUUAGAUUGGCUUGAACAGUCUAUGAUUAACGCAUGAGAUAGUUAAUAGUUGUCUUUGGAUUUUAAUACCUUCUGAUCAUUGAUUUAGCAUUCAGCAGUAACCUAAAAACUCUUGACCAUUUUAGAAACAAUGUAAUCUUAUCAUUCCUUAUGCAGAAGAGAGAGUUUUGAGUAACCUAAACUGUAAAUUUUCUUUAUUAUUUCAAAGUUUUAAAAAAUAUUUUUAAAAAUAAGGGUUUUCCCUUAUGAACAAACAAAAAGGGGACCCAGGUCAUGUCUUUGAAGGAUCAUGCAAACUCACUGUAUAGUUCUGAUAUUUGGUUAUCCAUGCAUGUUGCUCUGUAUAGAUUUAUGAACAAGUUGCUCAUAACCUGAUGUUCUCAAUAAUUGGUUGUUGGUUCUAUUGUAAGUGGAGAAGCAUUGUUUAGUAUCCAAUAUUUCACCAAUGCAUUAAACUUCAGGCUACCUAGAACUAAUGAGUGUUUUUAGCAGGAGGCAUUGAUAAUAUAUAAUAGUGUAAUCAUUAUAGAUACUAGUAAAAACAUAAGUAGGAUGUAUGAUGUUUUUUAUUGUGUGGUAUGUCACUUUACAAAGCACAGAGGUAAUUUUUCCCUUUUUUACUUCCAUUUUUAAGCAAAAGGAAGGAACUGUUGGUGUUCUCCUUAUGUGUGGGGUUUUAUUUCAUUUCCAGAUCUUGUGUCCACUGCCCCAUCCCACUGUUUAUAAUCAUGUCUUUCAUUGGAAGGAGCAAUUAGUAUCUGGCCAGUCAUUUUCAGCUACAUCCGUCAUACCAUUUUGAAGAGUGUAGGCCUUUGGCCAUAUAUUUUCAUAAUGGAAAAUCUACCCCAAAUAACUUUUCCUAAUUUUAUGUUAUACAUUUUUAUAUGAACUAAUCAUGCCACGGAUGGAUGUACCAUUUUCAGCUGUGUGCACUUGAGUACAUAAGUCUUACAUGUUGGGCAUUUUAAGAGAUCUUGUUGUCUCUUAAUUAAACUUUCUUCAUAUGAAUGUGGGAUUUGAUGGCAUGCAUAUUUUUCCUUCUGUUUAUGAACCAGGAAAAAAUCUAGAAAUCUGCAUUCUGUUGUCUGGCUCACUGACUUUUGCAUUAAGUGGCCUUAAGUGUCUUGAAGUGUGCUUAUAACAACAACAAUAGUAGUACAUGAAUGCUCUUCCACUUGGUGUCCAAUAAAUAUAGCUAUUCUUCUUGGCAUAUAUUUCUCAAUAGAGAAAAGUAAAAUAACAUAGAGCCUAAAACUAGGUUUCAUUAACACUGAGCCACAGAAGUUUGAUAGUCUCCAUGCUGAACAAUGCUUCUAGUGCAGAAAUCAUGCAUAUUUAGCCUCAUUGUAACAUCACACAUCUAGAAAAGAAAUUUGUGAUUUUCGUAAAAGCAGUGCACCCAUUAGAUGUAUUGGCUUCAGAUAGUAACGUUUAAUUCACCUUUAAGUGCAUGCACAUGCGAGAUUAAUAAUAGAGAACUGCAAGUACAUCUAUGCUUUGGCUAACAUUCUUCUAUAGGACUAAGGGAAGAUAGAAGGAAAGUGUGAAGAGGAAAGAGGAAAAUAAAGUAUUAAUGAAAUAGCAUCACGAAAAAGUUCACAGACCUAAUUAGACUCACUCUGAGUUGAGCUUUUAUAUUUUUCUUUUAAUGCUCAGAUUUAUAAACAAGCCAUUUCAACAAAAGGAGGUGAUAACAGUUAGGUACAAGUAUUUAAAAGUGGGGUUUAAUUUCAGUUUUGUUUGACAUUGUCAUAGCUGGAUAUGUUCAAUUGUUGUUCCAUAUUUAGUAACAAUCCUCAGACCCUGUUAAUAGAUUUCAUUUUACACAGUGAAAAUCUGGUUGAGGUGUAUGUGCUCUAUUGAAAGCUUGAAAAUACACAUAAGUGACCGACAUUUAUUCUCAUCAAGACAGCAGAUAUUGUACUCUGUGACACAUAAUGAAUCAUGGACUGCAGGUCAUCGGUAUCUUUAACAGACAUUCCUUUCUUGUUUGCUCAGUCUCAAUGUGUUCACCUCAAAAGGCACAAUAAUCAUUAAAAAUAAGCAUAUCUAUAAUGCUGUAAGUACUAUGACUAGUAUUGCUAAACAUUUCCUUAAAAUGCAGAGGAAGAGAAAUUGUAAAUUUAUAGCCUGCACCAUUUAUCAACUAUUACAUUCUGGAAUUUCUAUGAUUUUCAAAUACUAUAACUCCUUAAAUUUUCUUUUCAGGGAGUCUCGCUCUUAUGGUAAAGGAAGCUUUGAAUAUUAUUUUAGUACUGAUACAUUAUAAUAAUACUGAUGUGGGGCUUUAUUGUUAUCAUUGUCAUCAUCUAAUGUGCCUUUGAAUGCUAGUGUCUGCACGUUCCUCCAAAGGCUUUUCAUGAUUCUGUUCUGUGGUGAACAUUUUUCAUCUCUGCAGAACACCUGGCAUUAUAAUUGGACCAAUCUGCAUUAAAGAUUGCUGAAUGAAAUGUGUUCUAAAUCAAAUGUUGCACAUUUUUUUUCCCCAUCUUUAAAAAAUACCUUUAUAGAUCUAGUAUGAUGCUUAUAUGAAGCUUAUAACAAAGUCAUUAGAAUCUGUGCUUAGUGUUUUUUGUUUUGUUUUUUAGAAGGGUUAGGGUGUUAUAUAAGCCUUCUGUUUAAAUUAUGUUCCAUUGGUUCCAUACUAUUGAUAAUUUAUUUUCAAUUCCAGCUUUUCAUCACUUCCUCCUCUUCAUUAGAAAAUAAAUUUUAAUAAAAUCUUAUGAAUUUUUGGUGGAUGAGUAUGCAAUAACUUUUCCAGCUUUGCAGGAAAUUUUGUAAUUUGUACCUAUAAUAUAUAAUUUGAAGGUGUAUAAUUUUUGUAGUGAAUGCACAGUGGUAUCUUUUCUGGAUCCUACAAUGACUGCAGCAUUUACAUAUAAUAUUCUUAAAAUAAAAUCAGGCAUUAAAAAUAAUUGAGCAUCAAUAAAUGAAAA